AUAAUACGAUUUAAUGUAUUGAUUGUCUUUCCUUCCUGUGUGUGUCUGUGAGUUUUAUUCCUUAUCAUAUAUAAAAUCAGACAAACGUGUUGUAAUAAUCAAAUAAAGGCCACGCUACACGCCGUCUAUUAAAGACAAAGGGGCGGGGUAUGUAGAUUUUAGGGGCGGCUCUAAUUAGCAUUUUUCUGCAUUCUGAAUUGAGAGGGAAAAGCGUAUUUCUGGCUGUGCGUCUGUGCCUUCCUGUUGUGACAUUAAUGGCAUUUCUUUUACAUGGAUCCCACAUGUCAUACAAUGUUUUAACAUGCUUUUCAGCCAUGGCUUGAAGAAUGAGUGCAUAAGGAUGUGAGAGUGAAAGUCGGUUAAAACACUCCCAACACUGAGGAAAAUGAUGAUGACCAAGGUGAUAGUGGUGAGGAUGGUGGAUGGACGGAGCCCCUCCUUGUGAGCGCAUGGUCUUUUGGAGGAGUGGGGGAGGAUGUGUGCCCUGCUGAAACGGCGCAGACGCGUGGACGUGACCAAGAGGCAUCAAAAGUGGCGAUGAUGAAGCAGGGUCAGCUCCUGAGGCAAAAAUUCAUCCCGCUUUAAUUAGGACGCCAUAUGACCGCAUCUCGCAUCAUGGGGAUCACAUGUUUAACUUUUUAAUCUGUUCACAAUGCAGUUCAGGGAUUUAUAGCGCUAGGGACAGUUGGGAGGAAAAACACUCCAGACUUUGUGACUCCUCAAUGGCCAAACUUCGCUUUACAUGGUUUAUUCUUCUGAGUGUGAUGACACCGCAAUCUGAUUCCAUCGAGACAGUGAACGUGGUGGAUUUCUGUGGUCAGACGGUGCGGGGGGACGGUAUGAUCGUCCGGUCCCACCAGGAGUCGCGCAGGUACUACUUUGUCAGCAUGGGUACUGACUGCCACCUGACCAUGCAGGCAGCCACGCCCCGUGACAAAGUGCAGUUCCAGUUUCGCUUCUUCCUGGUUUACAGCCUGCUGCGCGUAUCCCCCUUCAGCCCCGUGCCCCUCGUCCCAGAGUCGGCCCGGGGUCCUGCGAAUUCGGGGUCAACCCGGCCUGACCUGCGCAUGGAGCCCACUCCAGACGAGGGCCAAGGAGAUCCAUGUCACGCUGGCUCUUACAUCCAGUUCUAUGAUGGUCGUGAUAAGAUGGCACCACCUAUCGGGCCGCCACUUUGCGGAAAAAGCCUGCCACGCCCAGUCCUGUCUACUGGAAACUAUCUGACUCUGCGACUGGUGACGAGGGGGACUCAACCACGCGUGGACUUUGUUGGGGACUUCACCUCAUUCAGGCUGGGCUUUAAUCAGUCUGAAUGCAGCAGUGAGCCCUACUUCACCUGCCAAAAUGGAAAAUGCAUCCCACUGAGUCUGGUGUGCAGCGACGACAAGGGAAUCGACAACUGCGGAGAUGGCACCGACCUGCAAGAUUACCCAGGAUGCAACAGUCCGUUGUCCACAGCUAGCACACGUCAGCCGUACGUAACUCCUCCACCCAUGCUGAAGGUGGCCACCAUGAGGGCAUCGACUCUGGAGAAGUGCAGUGGCCCAAACCUCAUCCCUGACAUUGAUUCUGUCACUGAUUCUCCUCCGUACGUGUCUCUACUGGCGCUCUACGUGAUUCUGGGAGUUCUGGUUGGUUCCGUGGUUGUGUGCUGGUGCUGCUGGUCUCCCGGCUGGUUCCUCUGGAGAGUGAGCGUGUGUCGUUUCCUGCCCUGCUGCAACUCCUGCUGCGCCUCCUGUCAGCUGUGUGGCCGGAGCUGCUUGCAGAACAAAGAGCACCGGCUGGCCAAAGUCACACCGCAGCAAGCCUCCACGCCCGCAGCCACCGCCGCCGCCACCACCACCACCACCAUGGCCAUGUAGAAUCCACACGUGAGGACUCGCUCUGUACAGCGUCUGAUGGAGUGACAGAGAAGGACACUGUGGUGGUGACGUGUUCUUCCGGGCACGUGCUCAAAGACUAUCGAAUAUUUUGUUUCUUGUCUGCUACUUGUUUAUGAAAUCGAGUGUAAUCAUGUUGUUCAGACUUAAGAUCCGUGCAGUUCAGUAUCACAUGUCGCUCACUGGACAGUGGUAUUCUCACACUGACCCCAGGCACUCAUUUAUAAACAAGCAACGGACCUUAAAGAGCUAUUCACGUUCACCUUUUCCGAAAGGGCCGUGCACAAAAGGCAUGCGGAGUCUGGACCGAAUCUGUUUUCAAAACGACAGUCCAAACAGUGUCAUUCCCCGAGCUAUUGUUGAAGAUGCUUACAUAACAGCGAUGAGUCUCGGUGUCAGCUUGGCACGUUGCUCUGUCGUGAUAAGGUGCAUUUUUCCUCACGGCUGUUGCUCAGAUACUGAGCUCUAUCCUGUUCUCCCAGAGGUCAUGUCCUGAAGCGUGCACUCUGCUCUUAUACACUCUGUAACAAAGGUCCACCACACAACAGCUCACUUACUGCUCACUUAGUGCUGACUUACUGCUCACUUAGUGCUCACUUAGUGCUGACUUACUGCUCACUUAGUGCUGACUUACUGCUCACUUAGUGCUGACUUACUGCUCACUUAGUGCUCACUUA